AUGUCUUCACACCAAACCGAAACCACUUCUUCUUCCAUCACCCAAGAGAGUGCAAUAUCGGAAAAGCAUGCUGAGGAGUCAUCCUUGCUCGAGAAAUCACCCACUGAGAUGACUCGUGAAGAACUUGUAAAAAUUGCAACUCUUUAUCAACAAGAAAAACGUUUAGCGAUUAAUUCUCAAAAUAUUGCUUCUUCCUCCGAUGAUGUCGGAAACAACAUCCAAAGUACUAGUGCUGAAAAAGAUAAAAAGAAUGGGAAAGAAAAAACAAAGAAAAAGAACCAAAAGAAUGAAAUGGAUUGGUCAAAACAACACAUGGAAUAUAUUGCAUUAAAGAUUGCCUAUCUCGGAUUUAAUUAUCAAGGUCUUGCUCGACAAGCACAUACUACAAACACGAUUGAAUAUCAUUUAUUUGAAGCACUGAAAAAGGUGAAAUUGAUAGAAAGUGAAGAAAAGAGUGAAUAUACACGUUGUGGACGUACGGAUAAGGGCGUCUCUGCAUUGGGUCAAGUCAUUUCAUUUUACGGACGAGCGAGCAAGGAUCCCAAUAAGAGUUUUGAUUACGUGAAAAUGUUAAAUAAUUUAUUACCAGAGGAUAUUAGAGUGUUGGCAUGGUGUCCAGUGACCAAGGAUUUUGAUGCUCGAUUUGGAUGCAUUCAACGAACAUACAAGUACUUUUUCAUCAAACAAAAUUUAAAUAUCGAUAAGAUGAGAGAGGCAGCUGAAAAAUUCAUUGGUGAUCAUGAUUUUAGAAAUUUCUGCAAAAUUAAUGCUGAGGACGUAUCGAAUUUCAGAAGAAAAAUCUUAAAUGUAGAAAUUGUUAAAUCAGAUUUGUUUCAUCAGCAGCAUGGAAGUGACACUUACUACGAUAUGUACGAAAUUGUGGUGUGUGGAUAUUCAUUUUUGUGGCAUCAAAUUAGAUGUAUGGCAGCUGUUCUCUUUUUGGUUGGAGAAGGGAAGGAAGAGCCCAGUAUUGUUUCAGAUUUGCUUGACAUUGAAACAUACAAGGCACGCCCACAGUAUCCAAUCGCAUCAGAGUAUCCUCUAGUAUUGUAUGAUUGUGUGUUUGAGGACUUGAAAUGGGUGCACAGCAAUUUUGAGACUCCAGCUGAGGUGGCUUCUCACUUUUUUGAAAUGUGGAAACAUUGUUCAAUCAAGACGUCCAUGUAUAACAUUUUCUAUCAAGCUGCGAACAAUGCAUUAUUAGAUCGAUCUAAAUUAGAGAGCGACUAUGACAAUCAAGAGAGCAAGUACAUCACCCUGAGAAAUGCUGUUGCCAUCAGACCUCCUAAAGAGAGAGGACCAAAAUAUGUUCGACUGCUGGAACGGCCUACUGCAUUUUCCUAUGAAGAAUGUUUAGAGAGUUUGCAAAAGAAAAAGAAGAAGCAAUAG